ACAAACCCAAGACGUCUGACUCUAGCUAGUACCAACAAAAAUGUCUCCUUUGCAAAUAUUUGUCACCUUCAUAGCAGGAUUGUCUGUAUCCUUGGGAGAAGAAAACGUCUUCACCCACAAUGCAGUGUUGGACGCAGAGGGCAAGUUUCACCUGCAAUGGUUCUUUGAUAAAGAGAGGAUCACAUUUGAAGUUACGGUGGAAACCAGAGGGUAUGUGGCGCUGGGGUUCUCUCCGAAUGGCGGCAUGGCCGGCUCUGAUAUCGUGAUUGGUUGGAUAGAGGACGGACGUGCACAGUUGGAAGACCGCUAUGCCCAUGGAGAGUCCCAGCCAGUUUUGGACAGCAGGCAGGACUGGGCUCUGCACGAAUCGCAAGAGAACGGUACUCACACCACCAUGCGGUUCAGCAGAGAACUGCAGACAUGUGAUCCUUUCGACAGAGACAUCAAGAAAGUCACCACCAGAGUGAUUUGGGCAUACCACCCUGAUGACCCUGACCCGCAGAGGGGUCCACUCUACCACCAGGGACGCCGAGGGACCUCCAGCUUGAAUUUACUGGACCCCCCUGCACCAGCACAAUGGGACAGUCCUGAUGACGUCUUGGUGUUCGAUGCUUUAACCCAAAACGUACACGUGCCCUCUGAUAGCGACACUACGUACUGGUGCUCUACUCACAGGCUACCGCGACUGGCAAGGAAGCACCACAUCAUCAAGAUGAAGGCUAUCAUCCAGCCCGGGAACGAGAGACUUGUGCACCACAUAGUUCUCUGGCAGUGCAAGUAUGAUGGGAACGAGAGUUUAUCUGACAUUUCUAGCCCCAGGUGCGACACUGUUCGACACGCUUUGAGGUGUUACCGGGCGCGUUUCCUGGUCGCCUGGGCAGUAGGCGGCAAUGAUCUGUACUUGCCGGAAAUUGUCGGACUGCCAGUCGGUGAUGAUGAUGGGGAUGUGUUACUGAUGAGUACUCACUACGACAAUCCACAUCUAAGAGAUGACCUGUACGACAGCUCGGGGAUCCGGGUCUACUACACCCCCGUCCUGCGGGAACACGAUGGCGGGGUGCUGCAGGUGUCGGCACCGGCCUGGCCCAGCAUGAUGAUCCCGCCUGGAGCUGAGCGGUUCAACGUGCUCGCACACUGUAGCUCGUCUUGUCUUCAAGAGGCGCUUCCUGAGGACGGAGUGACUAUAGUCGCCAGCUUUCUACACACACAUCUUGCAGGUCGGUCCAUUCGAGAGCGCCACUUCAGAAAUGGCAAAGAGCUGCGACCAAUCAACAGCAACGAUGCUUAUGACUUCAACUAUCAGCAAACAACGUAUCUGAAACCUUAUGUAAAGUUGUUACCGGGCGACACCCUAGUGCUGGAGUGUGGAUACGAGACAAAAAAUCGUCAAAACAUGACUUAUGGUGGUCUUGGAACGCAUGACGAGAUGUGUAUGGACUUUCUCCUGUACUACCCAAAAAUAGACCUGAAACACUGUGGAAGUGAAAAUAAUGGUCCGGGCCUGGCGGCAUUCUUCGGUGUACAAAACGUCACGUACACCGAACGUGACGUCAUCAUCACUAAGCCCGAGAGCCACCCAUUUUUCAACAAGUCUUUACUUGAGGCCGCGCAGGCGCACAGCUGGACAGAGGAGGAGAUUCGUGCAUUUGAGGAUUACACCAUGAACAUGAAGUACCGCAUGGCAUGUAAGGGAAAACAGGGUUUUCAGGCCGAUGGUCAAACCGAAGUCCCGCCAACGUUCGAGCCUCUAAUCGAGCCACCGGACGGGAAAUGCGAAGAGGAUGCCAUGGAUAAUGCCAACAGUCAAGCUGCAGCCGUUUCUUUCGUGUUCCUGGUACCAACUGUCAUAAUUUGGACGCUGGGUUCAGUGUAACAGUCGUAACGUUUGGAUUCUACAGAUGAGAUACCGUGAAAACCCGCUAGGAGGCCAAAAAGCUGACAGAAGUCUACUCUUCGAUGGUUUUCCGAAGGCAUCUGAAUGAUUUUCAAUGAUAUUCAAAGACUUUCAAUGAUCUCCAACAUCUAUCAAUGACUUCCAAGAUAUUUCAAUGAUCUUCAAGGUGUUCCAAUGGUCUUCAAGGUAUCUAAAUGAUCUCCAAGAUCUUUCAAUGAUCUCCAAGAUCUUUCAAUGAUCUCCAAGAUCUUUCAAUGAUCUUCAAGAUCUUGCAAGGAUCCUUCAAUAACCAAUGACGCAAGGUUUGGGAUAGCCACGUGCACUACAUGUGCUAGGCAUUGUACAAACUAUAUUAUGUUAACAUAAUGUAAACCGUUUGGACAAAGAGUCCUCUCAAUGUAACAUCCGACUUUCGAAUGAGUGCCAGACGUUCGAUUUCCUGCAGUACCUAUAAAAGAUGCAUGGUGACACUCUGUACUUACUUACCAACAGGUUUCACCACUAAAAGCCUGACGAAUAUCAAGCCUAUGUAUUUUAUGUAACCUGUACUGGAAACCGUAUCUGGAUGGACUGAAUAUCUGAAUAUGCAAUCGAGCAAGUUGACGUUGAUGUACAAUGAACUGCAUAACCGAAAAACUACAACCUUC